AUGUCGAAGUCUGCUGAGGCGGAAGCGACUACGAAGUUUUUGAGGCACAAGGAAAGUCUGGUACCGGCCUUUCUAAGUGUCAAGGGUCUUGUAAAGUUGCACAUUGACUCAUUCAAUCAUUUCAUUGAAACUGAAAUCCGAAAUAUAGUCCAGGCGAACAGUCGUGUAAGUGUUCCGUCUUUUAAUUGGUGGCUGGAAUACAAUAAUGUCUACAUCAAGCCACCCAGUGUUAAUGAUGGGAGCAUUGUUGCUAGUCCUGUUACACCACAUGAUUGUCGGCUUCGUGACCUCACCUAUGCUGGUGAAAUUCUGGCUGAUAUUACCUUUACACGCCAACACGAGAUCGUUUCCAAGAAGGGAGUCUUUAUUGGACGGAUGCCAAUUAUGCUCAAAAGUUCGAGUUGUGUCUUAAAUGGGAAAUCGGCAUUUGAACUAAUGAAAAUGAAAGAAUGUCCUCUUGAUCCAGGAGGUUAUUUUAUUAUAAAUGGUAGCGAGAAAGUGAUUCUCAUGCAGGAGCAGAUGUCUAAGAACAGGAUCAUUGUCGAUGGAGAUACAAAAAAGGGGAUGGUCUGUUCUGUAACCUCUUCCUCUGCGCAAACAAAAUCAAAGACAAAUAUCUUACUAAAGGAUGGUCGUUUCUUUCUACAACACAAUUCCUUUACUACUGAUGUUCCCAUAGUAAUCUUAAUCAAAGCUAUGGGCAUAACCUCGGAUAGGGAGAUUCUGCAUUACGUCGGGUGUGAAGAAGCAAUCUGGACAAGGCUGGUCCCCUCAUUAAAACAGUGUAUCGAAGCGAAGGUGCACACAACUUUGGAGGCAUGUAAGUGGCUCCAAUCGAAGCUCCGCGCUCCCCGUUUCCGCUCCACAAAAAUAAUUUCCAUUGGCGGUAAAUCUGCCACUGAUAUAACCGAUCGUGAUGUCCAGGCGGACAUUCAGCGAAUGCUUCGAGACAUUAUCAUUACACACGUUCCAAUGAAGAAAAUGAACUUUCAGGAUCGUGUUCUCUUCCUUGGACAAAUGAUCCGCUACCUUGUUCUUCUUGCUGACGGUCAGAUACCUCCUGACGAUCGUGACUUCUAUGGCAAUAAACGAAUUGAUCUGGCUGGCUCCUUGAUUGGGCUCCUUUUUGAGGACGCCUUUAAGACUUUUAAUGAGGAUUUAUGGAUGGCCGUUUCGAAGUCAGAUACGAAACGGAGAGUCUCCCCAUUCGACAUCACCCGGCACAUUAAAACUUGGCUUAUCACUGAGCAACUGAACCGGGCCAUCUCUACGGGCAACUGGGUUAUCAAGCGUUUUCGUAUGAUGAGGCAGGGUGUUACACAAUUGGUCAGCCGUUUGUCCUAUGUAGCCGUUCUUGGACAUAUGACUCGUGUUACCAGUCUCUUCGAGAAAACCCGUAAGAUUGCAGGUCCUCGUGCCAUCCACUCGAGUCAAUGGGGUUUGGUGUGUCCCUCGGACACGCCAGAAGGAGAGGCCUGUGGUUUGGUGAAGAACGUCUCCCUCAUGUGUCACGUAACCGUUGAAGUUGACGACACUAAUCUCAUAGAACUUCUUCAGACCUACUACGUUUACACUCUUCGUGACUUUAGCUAUGCUCCGGAUGAGUAUAUCGUUUACGUCAAUGGCAAGCCAAUUGGCUUCACGAAGGAGCCAAAUGAACUUGCAGCCGUAAUCCGCGGACUGAGACGCUCGCGCUACCUUCACGAAUUCGUCUCUGUGCAUUGCAAACCAGUGCUUCGCUGUGUCCACAUUGUUAGCGAUGGUGGACGUCUGUGCAGACCUUAUAUUAUCGUCUCCAACGGAAAACCAUUGGUCACUCAGGGCAUGCUUGACGAUCUUGCAGCCAAGGUUCUGAACUGGGAAGACUUUUUGAAGAAGGGCGUGAUAGAGUACCUCGAUUCAAACGAACUCAAUGAUUGUCUAGUCGCGUUGUACGAGAAUGAUAUUACAUCCAACACUACACACUUAGAAAUUGAUCCAGCUACCAUUCUGGGUGUCGUAGCCGGUCUCAUUCCCUACCCGGACCACAAUCAAUCGCCUCGCAAUACGUAUCAGUGUGCCAUGGGUAAACAGGCCAUGGGAACCAUUGCUCUUAAUCAACAGAUUAGGGCGGUGACGAGGCGUCUGGAUGCUAAUUGUAGGUUUGACACGUUGCAGCUGCAGAUGGUAUACCCGCAGCGUCCACUGGUCCAGUCAAAGACUAUCCAGAUGCUGCACUUCGACCAAUUACCAGCGGGUCAGAACGCCAUCGUGGCGAUAAUGUCUUUUACGGGCUAUGAUGUUGAAGAUGCACUCAUUGUCAACAAGGCCUCUAUUGAUAGGGGUUUCGCACGAGCCUGCGUCUACCGGCGUGUUGGAGUGCACAUGAAGGUGUACGGCGACGCCACCUACGAUCGGCUUAUGGGACCUGUGAUCGAUCGAGAGACGGGGAAGCCGCGGCGCGAGGACGAGAUUCUUGAGGCAGAUGGCACGGCUGCAGUGGGUGCGAAGGUGCAAAAUCAACGCAUCCUCAUCAAUAAAGAGAUGCCGGUAGUUAGUAUUCCUUCAGUGGCUUCUGAAAAUGCCGGUUCGCUGAGCAUUCACUCCACUACACCAGCCAAUGCGAUUGAGUUCAAGCGAGUUCCUGCGGAUUACCGUGGCAUUGAGCCGUCGUACGUAGACAAAGUAAUGUUCGCGGCCGCUGGAGACGGUCAGGUUGCAGUAAAGGUACUUCUGCGCCAGACGCGACGGCCGGAGAUGGGUGAUAAGUUUUCCUCGCGCCACGGUCAGAAGGGAGUUGUAGGCCUCAUCGUGCCUCAGGCUGACAUGCCAGUCUCCUCCCAGGGUAUAUGCCCUGACAUAAUCAUGAACCCCCAUGGCUUCCCCAGCCGCAUGACUGUAGGAAAACUGAUGGAGCUGCUGGGUAGCAAGGCAGCCGCUAUCGAUGGUCGUCUGCGAGACGGCUCCGCUUUCUCCGGCGAUCCGGUAGAAUCGCUCGGUGAGGUGCUCAUCGAACACGGCCACCACUAUCUCGGUAAAGAGAUCCUUAUCUCUGGAGUCACAGGUGAACCCAUGGAGGCCUACAUCUACUUCGGCCCCAUCUACUAUCAACGCCUCAAGCACAUGGUUAUGGACAAGGUCCACGCGCGUUCCCGUGGUCCAGUGACAGCGUUAACACGACAGCCAACAGAGGGUCGAAGUCGGGAGGGUGGGUUGCGAGUGGGUGAGAUGGAGAGGGACUGUUUUAUCGCCUAUGGAGCCUCUCAGCUGCUCGUAGAACGUCUGCUCACUUCCAGCGAUGCCUAUGAUGCGGUGGUAUGCGAGGCUUGUGGCCUCCUGGCCUCUUCGCCCAACUGGUGUCAGUACUGCCGCAGCAGCAGUCAACGUAUUGCCACUGUGCGCAUGCCCUAUGCGUGCAAGUUGCUACUGCAAGAACUCAUGUGCAUGCGCAUCCUUCCUCGCCUUCAACUAUCUGCACCUAACGAAUCUCCUCUCGUACAGAAACUGCCGAGUUAUCCAACCUCAACUAGGAUUCAGGGUGCUUCUAAACUAUAA